UGUCUAAUGUAACAUACUGUUUUGUUUUCACUGCGGAGAAAGCGAGGUGUGAUUUUGUUGUUACUGGUUGUGAUUGCGCAUCUAUGUGUUUUAUUUGAAAUGUUUGUUCGUGAUAAACGAUUCGUUAAAUCUCUCAAAUGGGCCGUCAUUGGUGGAGUUGCGGCCGAUGUUGGUCUUCUUAUUGGGGGUUAUUAUUGCUAUAGGAAGAUGACCCAUUCUAGAGAUUUUCGCUAUAAGAUUUACAGCUAUGAUCCCAGGCUUGUUGAUGUAUACUACAGAGCUAAUGAGAAAUAUGGUGAUGGAAAAGCAAGACACAGUGACUAUGAAGCGUGGGGCAUCAAAAAAAUCGACAGUUAUUCUUUCAUACAAAUGACAGGUUUAUAACCAACAUUUCUUGUUUGUUAGUAUGAAUUUUAUUUUCUGUUGUAUGAUAUGUCAUUUUCAUUUCAAUGUUGCAUCAUGAAUAAAUAUUUAAUAAAU